AUGCCUUCUUGCAUGGAGACCUUGACGAUGAUGUUUAUUGUUUACAUGUCUCUUCCUCUAGGAUAUGGUCGACAAGGGGAGACCCGUGUCUGUCACUUACAAAAGUCCCUCUAUGGACUCAAACAGGCAUCUCAUAAUUGGUACUCUAAACUGUCCACAGUACUUCUAUCGGAUGGUUUUACACAAUCCCAAGCUGAUCAUUCUCUAUUUACUCGGCAAACUGGCUCUAUUAUUCUCGUUGUUCUUGUUUAUGUUGAUGAUUUGCUUGUUACAGGCAAUGACUUACUGUCCAUUCGCCGCUUACAAGAAUUCUUGUCGAGUAAAUUUCAGUUAAAGAAUCUUGGGAAGCUUAAAUAUUUUGUAGGCAUUGAAGUGGCUCGCUCUGCCAAAGGUAUUUUCAUUAAUCAGCGCAAAUAUGUUCUUGACAUCCUCGCCGACGCGGGGCAAUCCGGCUGCUGUCCAGCCUCUUCUCCUAUGGAACAACAUCUUAAGCUCUCAACUGAUUUCGGUGAUCCCAUCUCAGACCCAAGCUCCUACCGCUGGCUCAUCGGGCGCCUAAUAUAUCUCACUAUUUCGCGCCCCGAUAUCACGUUCGCCGUCAAUUUACUCAACCAGUUCAUGCAUACACCUUGGGUUCCUCACUUUGAUGCUGCCAUUCGCAUACUUCGCUACCUCAAGGGCUCUGUCUCUCAUGGCCUACUCUUUUCUUCCAGUUCGGCCCUCAGUCUUACUGGCUACACUGACUCGGAUUGGGCCAGUUGUCCCAUGACUCGUCGCUCCACCACCGGUUAUUUCAUUACUCUUGGUACCAACCCCGUUUCAUGGCGCACAAAAAAGCAAAGUGUCGUGUCCCGCUCUUCCGCUGAAGCCGAAUAUCGGGCCAUGGCCUCGACCACUUGCGAAUUGUUAUGGCUUCACACCUUGCUUCACAAUUUAGCAGUUCCACUAUCCUCCCCAAUUACUUUACAUUGUGACAAUCAAGCAGCCUUACAUAUCGCCCGGAAUCCGAUCUUUCAUGAGCGCUCCGAACACAUUGAAAUCGACUGCCAUCUCAUUCGUGAACGGGUUCAACAAGGUCUUCUUCACCUUCAACACAUUGCCUCAGCUGACCAAUUAGCCGAUGUUUUCACUAAGGCCUUGGGUGUUGAUCAUUUCCGUAUUUUGACAUCCAAGCUGGGCAUUACGUCCCUCCAUGCUCCAUUUUGA